CCUCACCACAACAAUGGUUUCCAUUCGAACUGGUACAAUUGUCGCCAUGUCGGCGGCGCUCUCGGCCAUCCAAAGUCUGGCCCAGACGUGCGACGUGACGCCUGACGUCGACUUCAUGGAGAACGACAUUUCCACGACCAACCGAGACGACCCCGGUCUGUGCUGCAGCGACUGCAAAGCGACCGUCGGAUGCAACGCGUACAACUGGUUCGACGGCGUGUGCUACUUGAAGUCUGCAAAAGGAAUAGUCAUUCCGUUGCCCGGCGGUGUGUCGGGGGUGCUCGCAACUCCAGCCCCUACACCUGAGCCCACUCCUUCCCCUACUACCCUCAAACCCACUCCUUCACCAACCCCCAAGCCGACCCCUGCGCCAACUCCUGCUCCCACUCCUGCUCCUACCCCCAAGCCGACCCCUGCUCCAACUCCUGCCCCAACCCCUGCUCCUACCCCCAAGCCGACCCCUGCUCCAACUCCUGCCCCAACCCCUGCUCCUACCCCCAAGCCGACCCCUGCUCCAACUCCUGCUCCUACCCCGAAGCCGACCCCUGCUCCAACUCCUGCCCCAACUCCUGCUCCUACCCCCAAGCCGACCCCUGCUCCAACUCCUGCUCCUACCCCGAAGCCGACUCCUGCUCCAACUCCUGCCCCGACUCCUGCUCCUACCCCUGCAUGCCCUCGUAUUCGUAAAUCUUGGGAAUCUCUCUCUGCUUCCGAAAAAGAUACGUUCGUGUCGGCGCUCGAAAUCGCCAUGGACCGAGGAAUGUACCAAAAGUAUGUCCUCAUCCACCAAGAGCAAAUGAGCAACAUCGAGGCACAUGGGACGUGUGUGUUUUUGUUUUGGCAUCGCAAGUUCCUCCUCGGGUUUGAGAACAUGCUGCGCAGCCUUGGCGACCGGUACAAGUGCUUGACGCUGCCGUACUGGGACUACGUCCAGAACUACGCGACGAUGCAAAACACCCCUAGUGCUAACCGAUGUCGGUCCAUCGAAGCGUGCUCCCCCAUCACGACGGCACUUGGCGGCUCCACGCAAGGGUCCAUUUCCAAUGCGAAUUUUUUCGGGUACACGUACCCCAACUAUCGGUGCGUGAACCAACGACCUGUCAACCACAUGUGCACGACAGCCGGCUCUGCAUCCUGCCCCAAGUGCACUCCCCGUGGCGACUGGACGAAUACGCCCAUGAUUUCCGACAUGAGCAUCUCGAGCGUUCGCCAGAGUGUCCUCAGUGGAUCCAACGUCCGUGCGGUCUCGCAAGCCAUCGAGUAUUCACCUCAUAACAUCAUCCACUCAACGCUCAACGGCCCGAUGGCGAACGCCCGCAUUUCCCCCAUGGACCCGAUCUUUUUCAUGCACCACAACACGAUCGAUCUCCUCCACACGAUCUACUACCACUGCCGCGUCGAGCCACUCAACUUGAGCGACUCGCAACAGAAAAACGACAUGCGGUCGUUCCAGGGUUGCAGCACCAACAACGGGGAAACCGUGGGCCCCACGUCGACGCUUCGCAUGCGGGUCGUGACUGGCGGGCAAGCCAUCGACGUUGCCAACGAUCCCCUCAUCGGCGCGUUCUUCAAGGACUUGCCGAACCAGUACUACAAGCUCACCGAUGUUCGCCAGCUCGGGUACUCGUUCGAGAUGAAGGGACUCCUCGGGGAUUUGUACACCAAGUGCGACGGCAGCACCGCCGUGAGCAGCAUCAGUUCCGUCGAACGCGCCACCAACGUCACAGUUGACAACGUCGUCGAGCCGGUCGUGUUGGCCGAAGACAAGAACGUGCUGGCGGUCUGA